AUGACAGUGAACAUAACCUCCAUCAAAACAUCCUCCAAUGGAAUCUGGCAAGGCGAUAAUCCUCUCGAUUACGCCUUCCCACUCCUCAUUGUUCAAACCGUCUUAGUCCUCGUCGUCUCUCGCUCCCUCGCUUUCCUCUUCAAACCUCUCCGUCAACCAAAAGUCAUCGCCGAAAUCGUGGGUGGAAUUCUCUUAGGUCCAUCUGCAUUGGGAAGAAACAAAAACUACAUUCACAACAUAUUCCCGUCAUGGAGCACACCAACGCUCGAAUCCGUUGCAAAUAUUGGUUUACUAUUCUUUCUUUUCCUCGUUGGACUUGAGUUAGAUAUAAACUCCAUUCGAAAAAGCGGUAAAAAAGCACUCAGUAUAGCUGCUUUUGGAAUUUCGGUUCCUUUCGUCUCCGGCAUUGGCAUCGCCAUUGUCCUCCGAAAAGCCGUCGACGGCGCAGAUAAAGUCGGAUUUGUUCAAUUCAUCGUCUUCAUGGGAGUCGCUCUAUCAAUAACCGCUUUUCCCGUUUUAGCGCGAAUCCUCGCCGAACUCAAACUCCUCACAACGCGCGUGGGUGAAACCGCGAUGGCAGCAGCCGCAUUCAACGACUUAGCCGCGUGGAUUCUACUCGCUUUAGCCAUUGCGUUGGCCGGAAGUGGAGCUGGCGGAGGAAAAAGUAAAAGCCCUCUGGUUUCUGUUUGGGUUCUUCUUUCCGGUGUUGCUUUUGUUGCCUUCAUGAUGCUUGUUAUAGGACCUGUGAUGAAGCGCGUGGCUAAAAGAUGCUCUGCGGAAAACAAAGCCGUGAAUGAGGUUUAUAUUUGUUUAACUCUAGCGGGUGUAAUGGUUUCAGGAUUCAUAACUGAUUUCAUAGGGAUUCAUUCUAUUUUCGGGGCGUUUGUUUUUGGAUUGACUAUUCCGAAAACUGGUAAUUUUGCGAAGAGGUUGAUAGAGAGAAUUGAGGAUUUUGUUUUGGGUUUGCUUCUUCCACUUUACUUUGCUUCAAGUGGUUUGAAAACGGAUGUGACUAAGAUUAGUGGCGGAAAAGCUUGGGGGCUAUUGGCUUUGGUGAUUUCAACAGCUUGCGCUGGGAAGAUUUUGGGAACAUUUGUAGUUGCAAUGAUAUGCAAGAUUCCAGUUAGAGAGUCGAUUACACUUGGAGUACUCAUGAACACAAAAGGUCUUGUUGAACUCAUUGUACUCAAUAUUGGAAAAGAGAAAAAGGUUUUAAAUGACGAAAUAUUUGCAAUAUUGGUGCUUAUGGCUCUCUUCACAACAUUCAUCACUACCCCACUAGUAAUGGCAAUCUACAAACCAGCUCGUGGUAUCGCAGCCAAAACAAUUCGCAAGCUAGGUGACAUGUCCUCACACUCCUCUACAGACAAAAACGCGGGGGAGGAAACUCUUCGAGUCCUAGCUUGCAUCCACGGUGAAACCAACAUUCCUGCCAUCAUAAACCUCAUUGAAUCAACACGUAGCACCCAAAAUUCCCUCCUCAAAGUCUUCAUCAUGCAUCUUGUUGAGCUCACGGAACGUUCAUCUUCCAUCAUCAUGGUCCAACGCGCUCGUAAAGACGGUUUUCCUUUCUUCAACAGGUUCAGUCUUGGCGAAUGGGAUAAUCGUUUAGCUGGGGCUUUUCAGGGUUAUAGUCAAUUGGGCAGGGUUAUAGUCCGGUCAACUACAGCCAUCUCUUCUCUAUGUACAAUGCACGAAGAUGUAUGCCAUGUAGCGGAGGAGAAGAGAGUGGCAAUGAUUAUAUUGCCUUUCCACAAACAUUGGAGAAAGGAAGUUGAUGAUGAAAAUGACAAUGAGAUUCAUGAGGUGUUGGAGAAUGUUGGGCAUGAAUGGAGAGGGGUGAACCAAAGGGUGCUUAAAAAUGCUCCUUGCUCAGUUGGUGUGCUUGUGGGUAGAGGAUAUGGGCUUGGGUCCAAGAAUUUGAGCUCAGAAGGUAAUGUGAUCCAAAGAAUAUGCAUAUUGUUUUUUGGUGGGCCGGAUGAUCGUGAGGCUUUAGAGCUGGGAAAGAAAAUGGCUUACCAUCCAGCAGUUGAAGUGACCGUUGUAAGGUUUGUUGAGCAAGAUGCCGAAAGUGUUAAUAACUUUGUUUUGCGCCAAUCACCUGGAAAAAGUGCUGAUAACAGGUAUAGCUUCUCCAUAGCAAAAAUGAACAGAAAAAAAGAACUGGAGUUGGAUGAAAAGGCAAUGGAAGAGUUUCAAAGCAAUUGUGGCGAAAGAGUCAAAUAUAUUGAGAAAGGUAGCAGCAACUUUGUGGAGGAAGUGGUAGCAUUAGGAGAAAGUGUGGGCUAUCAUCUCAUAAUUGUUGGGAAGGGUCGGUUUCCAUCGAAUAUGGUGGCGAGAUUAGCAGAGAGGCCAGCAGAGCAUCCAGAGUUAGGUCCCAUUGGAGACAUUCUUACUUCUUCAACAAGAGGUCAUAGGAUGGUGUCAUCAGUAUUGAUUAUACAGCAGCAUGAUGUGACCAUAUCUGAGGAUGCACCAAUGUACAAGGUUAAGGUCCGUGGUGAGAAUAUUGCACAUGUUUCGUCUGGAAGGCAUGAGAUAACUACAGCAGAUGCAGUGUAA